UGGGCUUAAAGGGAGGUAAUGGCCUCAAUUUAGGCCUAAACGUAAACUUAGUGAGCAAAGGCAUUUGAGAGAGCGCGGGAGCCUCCACGACUAUUUGAAGCUCUUUCAGCGACCAAGUAACGGUCGCUAAUGGUUGUUGGUAGCUAAUGGCGAAGUCGAUGUUUGCUCCAUUUCCAAUUCAUUUUCCUUUCUCUUCCUCCGAUGCUUCAAAACGCCAUAUUUCUCUCUCUCGCUCUCUUCCUCUCUCUCUAACUCUCCGUCAAACUCUCCUAAGGUUCGCCAUUUAUCAGAGAGCUCUCUCUCUCUCUCUCUCUGUGUACGGUCCGGCAUCGUCGGCAACUCAUCGGACAUUAGAUUGGUGGUCCAGAUCCGGUUAGGGUUUUUUUAUGUUUUUUUUUUCCCUCAUUCGUUUCUCUCUCUUUCUCGCAGAUCCGGCAGCUGAACUUCCUUGCCCGCAACUCUUCCUCUUCUCUGAGUUUUAUCCCACUGCCAAGUACUUUUCUAAUACUUGUUUAGUUAUUCUGGUUUUCUGAUAAAAAAGUUGAGAUGAUGUAUGGAUUUCUUACAAUAUUAUCUCAUUCCCUUUAUAUUUAUCCACCAUUCCGUCCCUAACCCCUUUAAUGUAUACUUCUGAAUCCUCAUUUUCAACAUCUUCAAAUUCUCUCAACCACUAUUAAUAUUGCAGUUCCUUUCCAUAGGUUGUGAUAUCAGUUAAUUCCCAAAAUCUAUAUAAUGUAUGAAACUGACUAAAUUGGGAAUUCAUAGCCAAAAUGAAAAUAUAUAUAUAUAUAUAUAUAUAUAUAACUUUGUAAAAUCAUAAAAAGAAACAAACAGAAAACACAUCAAACUAAACAAAUCCAUAGAUUCGUGUUUUAUCUGGGGGUCUAACCCUUAUAUAUGCGACAAUUUACUAUAAGAAAAAAUUAAAAUAACAUUAAGAGGUCCGGUGGUUUUGAACAGGAAGAUAUGGAUAUGAAUUGGAUAUUGUGCGAAGAUAGGUUGUCGGAUGAGUAUGUAAGGGGUGUAGAGUCAUUCAUUGAAUUGGCUAAACAUCAUUUGAACAAAGACAACAAGACUCGAUGUCCUUGUCAACUUUGUCUUAAUAAGGAUUUUCACGACAUAAAAGUUGUUGAGCGACAUCUAUGGGUGAAAGGAUUUUCUAAGGAAUAUCAGAAUUGGAUUUUCCAUGGAGAACCAGUGACAACAAGAGGUAUUGAUAAUGCUGAGGAAGUUAGAGUAGAUGUGCAAGAAGGUGAUGAUGAGAAACAGGAUGGUGAUAUGAUGCCAGCAUUGCAAGUUACUGCAGGUGAAAUGUAUGUUGAAGAUACCAAAGACGAAGAAUAUACUGAAGGCCAAGAUAGUGCAGAUCGAGAUUCUACUGAGGAAUAUAAUGGGAUGUUAUAUCCAGGGUGUUCAAUGUACUCUAUAUUGCGUUUUGUAUACAUGUUGAUCCUCGUGAAGGCACAAUAUAAUUGGUGUGAAAAAUCAUUUAACACAUUGCUUCAUUUGUUGAAGGAAGUGUUUCCUGAGGGUACUAAGUUGCCAACGACACAUGAUCAAGCAAAACUUCUGACAGAUACUUUUGGUUUAAGCUAUGAGUCGCUUCAAAUGUCCAUUUUCGAAAACUUGGAUGACCCAUUAAUUCAGAGUGCUAUUAGAGCAGGCGAACUUAGACUGGUCAGUACUCCAUACAAUCACCAUGGAGAGAGGAGGUCAUGCCCUGCAAUUAGAGGAACACAAAAUAUAACAAUGGAGUUGCAGCAAUCACGACCACAAUUUGAGGACAGUAACUCUGCAGCCUCAUCUCCGUCGGUCCACUCCUGAGCCUGAGGUCUUAGAAUGUCUUAAAGACUAGCUUAAUAUGUAUAAGAAGUAUGACGAGGUGGUAUCAAGAUUUGUGAGCCAGGAUGAGGACAUGGAUCACAAGAUAAAGAAACUUCAGGAGGUCAUUGAUGAACAUGAUUCAGUCAUCGCUAAAUGUUGUGAGCGAUUAGGUUUGGAAGCAAAUGGUCAUACUUCUGUUGGUGCAAUCCAACAUCCACCUUCAUCACCACCAUCAACCGCUACAACGGCUUCUUGAUUUUGUUAUUUGUGUUUAAAAUGGAAGAAACAUUUAAAUCUUUAUUUUAAUUAUGUAGUGGGUGGUCUAGUGACAAUUAUGGUAUGUAUUUUACUAAAUUGCUUUCCUUUUUAAAUCUUGUUAAAAUGUUUAAGUGAUCCAUGCCAUUUCCUUGGGUAAUUUUUUUGUGGUAUGUGCUUAUAAUUUUACAACUUGUACCUGUUUCUUCUUAUUAAAAUCUGGAUGAAUAACUAUUUGAAAGCUUUAUUGCGCUAUUUGCAGUAACGUAAGUUCGAUUAGCGGAAUUCAUGUACAAGGAACAACUUACGACUUCAGCAUGCCUGUCUUAAUUCGGAAUUUUUAGUCAAACAGCAAAAUUCAGUAAUAUGGACUGUUAAGGUUUAUAAGAAUACUAAAUUUAUUUAAAGUUGGGACUUAUUUUCAU